AAACAGGUAAACAUAGCAACGGAAACAUGCUUCGACAACUGUCAAAACGCUUACCUGUACUCCUGUGCGGGACAGUUUUUAGGGUUUCUUGCCUGCAUCGCCGAGUGUGGACAUUAGUAACCGUUAGUUUGUCCAGUUGUCCCAAUCGAUUAGACAUGAGUAUCGACAUUGUUCAAGAGUCUACGAAGCGUUUCAAAGAAAGUAACAAACUGGUGAUAGGAACCCACGAUGGAAUAUUUCACUGUGACGAGUUACUGGCCUGUUUCAUGUUGCAACAGCUUCCACGAUAUGCGAAUGCUAGUAUCGUAAGAACGAGGGAUUCUAAACUACUGGAUCAGUGCGACAUCGUGGUAGACGUAGGAGCGGUUUUCGAUCGGGAAAAGAAUCGAUUUGACCACCAUCAGAAAAGUUUCAACGAAACAAUGAAUUCUUUGCAACCAGAAGCGGAUGUGAAACGCGAAAUUCGAUUGAGCUCCGCCGGAUUGAUCUAUACAUAUUUUGGGGAAGAUGUGAUACGAGAAGUUCUUGCACAGAAUUAUGUAGCCAUUCCGAAUGCGGACAUGAUCCGAGGAGUGUAUCGUAAGGUUUACGAUAAUCUCAUUGCCGAGAUAGACGCAAUCGAUAACGGAGUGCCGAUGUUCGACGGAGAACCAGUAUACACAAUUAAUACUCAUCUGAGCGCUCGCGUUAAUCAUUUCAACCCAGCCUGGAACGAACAGGUAAAUGAUGCCGAUUUGAUUAAGCGUUUCGAAAAGGCAAAAGCAUACGUCGGAAAUGAGUUUAUCGACAAGGUCUUGUAUUACGCCAACGUCUGGUGGCCUGCCCGUGAAAUAGUCGAAAAUGCGGUUAAAAAACGGAAGGAAAUUCAUUCAUCGGGUGCGAUUUUAGAAUUGGAACAUUCUUGCCCGUGGAAAGAACAUCUGUACGAGCUGGAAGAAACCUAUGACAUAGCGGGUAUUCCGAAGUACGUCAUCUUUUUCAACAAGGAGAAUGAUUGGCGGGUUAUAUGUGUGCCUCUACAACCAGCUAGCUUUGUCUGUCGAAAAUUUUUAGCUGCUCCAUGGCGCGGGCAAAGAGACGAACACUUAGAGCAAAUUUCCGGAAUUAAAGGAAUUACGUUCUGCCAUCAGACGGGAUUCAUUGGUGGCAACCAGACCCGACAAGGAGCUCUAGAGAUGGCAAUAAAAAGUUACGAAGCCGUAGAAAAUUGAGGCUAAAACUAUAGCAAAUAUAAAUAUUUGGAUUGUCGGAUACAUUCUAGGCAAAACCUCAGGCAUCGAAUAA